AUGGGCCAGUCUGAUUCGAAACUUACGCAGUACCGGGACCACAUUUUCCAACUCGCAGACCCGGGCGUUCUACCUUUGUAUUCACCCUCGGCACAUCCGCGAGAUAUUAUUCGCUGCUACAAUGACCCUCUGUCGCAAAACGGCCUCACGGGCGAGGUCGAGGAUGGAGCCGGCGACGCACUGCCGGACGAGGAGCUGUUCUCGCCAGUAUUCAGCGCAUUCGCAAGCUCGGACGCCGAGGCGCGCGAUGUGUAUUCUGUGGUUUCCACGCAGGAAUUGCGGCUCAUCUUCCAAUCUAACCAGGCCAACUUCAUCAGCCUGGUGCGGUUUUUUGCAUUCAAGAUCCACGCGCUCGCGUGCCAGCUGCAGCAUUGUGACGACGUGGACGAGUUUCGUGCGCGCAGGGCCGAGCUGCUCAGCAGCGUCCGCAUCAUGACCAAGAUCAUGCCCGUAUUCUUCGAAAUGGAUACGGACCAGAGCCUCGAGGACUCGCUCUUCUGGAGCCGAGAUAGCUCGCAGGCCCUCCAAUGUGGCGAGCUUCCCGCUCCCGUUGUCGUCCCCAAACUUAAUGUCAACCACGCUCCUACCGAGUCCCAGGCGGUUGUGCCGCUUGGAGUGGCCCUGCUGCAGGCGUGCGUCAAGUUGCUUUUCAUGCAGGGCUUCACGCUGCCUCUUUCAAAGCCCCAGCUCGACGAGCUCGGCAAAACAUCCUUCCUGCUUUGGGAAAAUGGCAUCAACACGUCGGAGAGUAAUUAUAGACCACCCAGUCCUAAACUGGACUCCAACAGACUGGAGGUCCUGCGGCUCCUGUUGACUGUUUCCUCAAAAGAACUAUACUCCAAUCAUAUCCCCAAAUUUCUGUGCGUGCUCACCACAUCCCUACCAGAGUUCCACAUUAUAUGCCUGGCAUCCUCUCUCUUGAACCUUGUGUGCCGCUCUUGCCGCAAUAACGAGGAGAACAACGGCCUGAACUACCCUCCAAACUCUUAUCAUACUUCUUGCAAGAGCACGAACAUGAGAGCGUUACGCAAGGCCCUUGCUGCAGCUUCUGCGCAAAUGUUGAACCUUUCCCUUUUAUGCUCCAUCGAGGGGCCGAGACGGAGCGAGAUUUACCUCUUUCUCUAUGGGCUAAAUCUUUACUCUACUAAUUACGAGAUCAAGAACCUAGUCUCCUCUUAUUUGGGGACAUUGAACCGGGAAUUUGAUCUGAAGUUCAUAUUGAUCAGCCUGGUGACACUUCUCAAGAGGCCCAUCGACCGAGCCAUCGAAAACGAAUCUAAUCCCUUUUCUCUUCUCAACGGCUCUUCGAACGCCAGCACCAAACAAGGUAAAGGCCCAACGAAAAAGAACGGCCAUUCCCGCAGUAAUUCAGCAAAGGGCGCGUCUUCCAAAAGCAACCUUUCUCGUUUGCCAAGGUCCACUUUGCAAGUUACGACGUUACUUUGGGAAUUAAUGAAGUGCAACAAGUCAUUCGAGAACUACGUCGCAGAUAAGUACGCUAACAAGCUACUGCUGGUCUGUAUAUUCCACAUCAAAUACUACUCCGACUCGCCGGAUUGGCGAACAAGCUUAAUACCUGCCAUAUCUGGAUUUGCCAUAUACUUGUCAUCGAAGAAGCUGGUAUUUUCCAAGAUGUCCUUUUGUUUCAAUGUUAACUAUUAUACCAACAAGUUACCCAACUUUUUCAAAUUGUCCGUUGGGGACGUUAAUCACUUGACGUACCGCGACUUUGCAAUUAUCCACUUAUCUAACAUUGCAAUGAACCAGGUCCAUGAAAAUCUGUUUUUGGAUCCCAACUUGAUUGAAAUAAUUUACAACCUGCUUCCCAUGGCUCAUGAAAAGGAUGGUGGGGAGCUGGUUCAACUUUCUUCCGAAAGAAGUAAUAAGCUUACUGGCUUAAGCUACAACGCAUGCGUGGCUCUUUUACAGCUGAUUUCAAAGAUGACUUCCAAGAACUACUUGACUACUUUCGCUGGCGAAAAAGGUGAUCCCGAUAGUUCCGGAAAUUCUUCAGACGCGACGAUUAACAAACCUGAUGAAAAAGCAAAACCCUACGCCUUUUCUCCUGGGUUCAAACUUGACACUUUAGCUCUUCUUCUUCAUGCAUUCAACAGCUGCAUUUUCAAUUACUUCAGAGACUCCAAACAUUUGUUAUUCGUGCUUUGCCGGCACGCUCGCGUCGUCCAACGCUUAGACGAAAUACUCCAAGAGAUUUCUUCAGAGAUUAAUUACGUUUAUGAUAGACAAGAUUCUCGGGCGUCCUUGAAGCCAAACAGUCUCUUCAUCAGUGACUUUUUUGACGAUUCAUUGCCUUACGAUGUUCGCAUCAGUCAGGCCAAUACGGGCCUGCAAUCUUUCUCAGGGAGCGAGUACAGUUUGAUGGAAAAGGCUCAACUACAGUCGCUUUUGUUUUUUGACGCAGAAAAGACUUAUUCUGAGGAGGUCGAGGCUACUGCCGAGCGAAUUGCGAACGGGUCUCCAAACAAAACAAUUGAACUUUUUGAACACUCGGAUAAGGAACACAACCCAAUCUUGUCUUCGACAGAGCUGCUCCUUGCUCUCAGACCCAUUAGACCACUCGGCUUAAGUUUUAAGAGUAAACUGAAAACAAGAAAGGAGGGUCCUCUGAAAGAUAGCUGGCUAGGGUCUCAGACUCUCUCCAUCUUGAAAAGAACCGUCAAAAUUGUAAACAAAAUGUUUCCAGAGAUCCCUCAAGUUACAACCGCGACCUAUAUUCCAUUGCUUCGUAAGUUGCUGGAAUCUGAGAGCUUCUUGAAAAAGGAGCUCUCUCAUGCAAUGCCAUACGAAACAAAGAUCAGCAUCAAGGUCACUAAUCCCCUUCUAAUAAGUUGGGAACACAGUGCGCCAGCUUCUCGUUGGUAUUUAUCCAUUCUCUGGGCCGACAUUUUCAACUACAACAGCGUCCCGUUUAUUAGCGCGUACACAAAAGAGAACUCACAACAAGAUGCAUUCUUACAGCAUCAGAACCAGUCACUCUCGCAACCCCAAACACCAAGAUUAGAAAGACACAAUUCACAAGGGUCAUCGCUUUCUAGGACGAACAGUAAUAGUAGCUCUAUCUCCACAUUUUUUCUGCACCAGGAGCCCGAAUCCGCAUCUAAUAGUGCCCCAAACAGCCCAAGCGUAGGCUCAAGCUUCUCAUCAUGGCUGAACAACAAGUACCAAGCCGGAAGCCAGAAUAACGAGCGUUCUUCGCUCUUUAGAUUUUCAUGGGCAGGCUUUCAGAAAAAUCCUCAAGAUGAGAAGAUUUGCGAAGAAAUUAGCAAUGAGCCAGAGGAUGAUCUAGUUUCUCCGGAGGGUUCUUUUGUUUUGGACAUGGGAUUGCUCAAACCCAACAUAUGGGUUGGUACCAGAGUGGAGCUCUUCAAAACGAAGGUCGAUGAGAGAGAGAACUACAGUUUGAUGGAAAUGACUUCCAACUUUCUGAGAAAGCUAAGACUCGGUAACAGUUGGGGCGUUAACGCCCCUGACGGAGUCAUGGUGACGCCGGGGACUUUGGCUCCGGGUACUGCGCGUUCAUGGACCCCACGAAAUUCCAUGAUAGGAAACGGGACCGCGUCUCUACAAAGGCAUCCCAAUGGGAGCUCAAAAUAG